GCCAGGUUUUAGAACAUGCGACAACGAGGAGCUAGUUUUCUGAAAACUACACGUGCUCUUUGAAAAACUGGAACUCGAAUGCAAGCAUGGAGAACACGACGUCUCAGGAAAACACUACAACUCAAACGAACCAAAGGUGUUUGGAACUCACAUUAGCGCUCUACAAUUACCAAGGAAUGGCUUUAUGUGCGAUCGUGGCCACAAUUAUUAUAACUUUUGUCGAAAAAAGACGAUGUAAAGCAGAGGUUUGCCAUGGUAGACCAGGACUUCCACUCCCCAUUAAUUUCCUUGAUGGCACCGCCAAUUCCAUCGCCAAUACUGCAGCUUUUGGAUGCACCCUUGAACAUAUCGUUUUUUUCAUUUUGAAUGGAUCUAGAUUCUACAAUAUUUCGAGAUGGCUGAUAGCACCUACACUUUUCCUUGUUUGCUUUUUGAUGUCCAUGGUAUAUUAUCCUAUAUUUGCUUGCUUGAAUUCAUCGUCUCGCCUGGUUGGAUCAAUCAUUGGGUUUCUCUAUACCUUGGUCUUGUUCUUGGUUGUUUUGACUUACAAUUACCUCUGCUAUGAGACUGACUGGGAAUGGGCUGUCUAUGCCAUCGUUUUAGUUUCUGAAGUUUACUUGCUGGUGCUCUUCAUUUACCGAAUUGUAACUGCACUGUGUAAGAAAUCUACCAAUUUGAAGGAACCUCUAGUGAAGAUUGACCAGUUGAUGCAUGUCAAAGAUCUACUUCAGAAACCCAAGAACAGUGCUGAAGAAAUGAACAUGAAAGAGAAGAUAAUUCAGCGCACAGAUGCCGUUGUGGCUGAAGCUAAGCUUUGCUGUCUUCAUAAAAGCCUUUACAGAUGUACCACAAGGACCCUUGCCAUCAACACCAUAGUUCUACUUGUCUUAUAUUAUUUUUUCAUUUUUAUUGUGGUUUUGACGAACGCCUUCGGGGAAGUGUACGCCAGACUUUCUUCCUUAGACGGUAUUGAUUUUUAUGGUAUCAAGAUUAGAGGAUCAGCUCUUCGGUAUAUCCGAACUUUCUUUCAAGUUUUUAGAGUCUCCCUCAUCAUUGCUAAUAUCCUAUCAGCUGUUUAUCUCAUCGCCAAUAUGGUCCUCAUCUAUCGUUCUCAGAGACAGCAUAUCAUACAGAUAUGGAGAGGAGACAGAUCUUUCAUUCCCCAAAACUGUAUUCAAUCAAUGGCGAAAAGUUUAAUGUAUGCAGGAAACCAAACAUCGCAUCUUCUUGGAGGUUAUUUCAUUUCACAGACAGUGGUCUUCUUACUCUGUGUUGUCUUGGCGUAUUGUGUUGUAUUACCUAUCAUGAAAGAGGUUCCUAAUUUCUUUCUUUCACCAGUGGAGGCUUUAUUACCCGGUGUGGUGUUCAUGUUUAUUUUCCGACUUGUACUUCGAAUCAUCAGUCGUAAAGCUUUCUUACAAAACCAUUACAUCAGUUCUGACAACGGUGAACACUGGGAGAAAGUGUUGGCUUUAGACAAUAGGCGAGUAUACCAGAAUCUGUCCUAUUUCCUGUUUUUCUACUAUAUACUGAUUGGAUUAUUCAGAUGUGUGUACCGGGUCGUAGUGUCCAUGUGUUUAGGAAUAUUUUACAUAGCGCGUAUGGAUAGAUCCUUGUUGUUUCCCGGAUAUGAGCAUCGUGAUAUAGGUUAUAUGACGUAUCUUGGGUUUCUGGAGGUAGAACUUCACCACUGUCACCCAGUAGUUGUUGUUUUUUGUGACCAGAUGAUCAAGUCUGUGAAAAUAAUCUCUACUAAAUCUGCACAGAGCCUUACUUCCUCAGAUGACCUUGAUUAUGAGAACAGGAUGUGUGGUCUAUCCAGUGUUUACACACGUAAAGUAAGGAAUAGGUGGCAAAAGAUGAAAACCCUAAUCUCCAACCAGUCUCUUUGCAAAACUUCUAAAACAAACAUUUCUUUUGAGCAUCCUCUUACUGCCAAGAAAACAGUGAUGGGAUCCACAAUGAUCUAA